UUAAAAAAACAGUAAAAAGGGCCGGAGUCUAGAAAGUAUCUGAGCUGAUGGCAGAUCUGUGCGGUGGAGCAGCAUCGCGGCAGCGGAUGUAGCAAAAUCUUCCUCUACGGGAAUGAAAGCAAAAAGGAGCGCCGGAGGGUAAAAAGGUUCGGCUUGAACAGAGCUCUUGCGAGGGAGCAGCCUAAAAUGUGGAUGAACUGACAUUUUCUCCUCCGCCAGGGCUGAUUACUCAACUUAAACACUGAGCAAAGCGUCGCUCCCCGUGGAAAAAAAAAUGGCCGUCCGUGGCAACUCGCUGAUGCCCUUUUCAAUCCAGGCCAUCCUGAACAAAAAGGACAACAGCCGACACUUACCAGAGCUGGACGUGUGCUUCUCCAAGGCGGCGUGCUGGAAAAUAUUCGGGGAGAUGAACGAGGGGUCCGGGAGGACCGAUGAUGCGUCCUGUGAGCGGACCGAGCAGAAAGGCUACGACUCGGACUCCGGACUCAGCGACGACAACGACGGGAAGGGUCCGGCAGCGCGCAAGCCGGAGAGGGACGGGGAGCCAGGCUCGGAUGUGCCGGAGGAGAGCCUACAGGAGGAGACGGACCAAGAGUCGGCGGCUGCGGAGAACGCAAAGAGUGACAGUGAGCCCAACAAUACCACGGACUCCAGCAACCCGGACGAGAAAAGCCUGGAGCAGCCCAAGCAGCGGAAGAAGCGCUCCAGGGCCGCCUUCUCCCACGCACAGGUCUUCGAGCUGGAGCGCCGCUUCAACCACCAGCGGUACCUCUCCGGGCCGGAGCGCGCGGACCUGGCGGCCUCCCUGAAGCUUACAGAGACUCAGGUCAAGAUCUGGUUCCAGAACCGCCGCUACAAGACGAAACGCCGGCAGAUGGCCGCAGACUUGAUGGCAUCCACCCCGGCGGCCAAGAAGGUGGCGGUGAAGGUUCUAGUACGGGAUGACCAGAGACAGUACGGCCCGGGGGAGAUCCUGCGACCCCCGCUGCUCUCCCUGCAGCCUUCCUACUAUUACCCCUACGCAUACUGCCUCCCUGCGUGGACACUGUCCGCGUGUGCGGGGAAUCAGUGAGAACCGCGAGACUUUUAUUUAUUAGUCAUUUGAUUGCUCCUCUUCCCGGGAACCAAAAUAACUUUACGCAUUUUUCUGACAAGAAGAAGGGGCUGAGGGGACUGUUAAUCAGAUAUCCGUCCCUGGUUUGUUAUCGGGAGGGUUCCUAAACUGUUUUCAACCUCUAUCGAUAUUAUUUUAGUAAGAGUGUCUGAGCUGCAGACGUACUUUUACAAUGUCUGGAAUGAAAUAAAAAAACAAAUUUAGGCCAUUUUAUCUCAAUGCUGCACGGGAACCCCUCCAGGACCCCAUAGACUUAAAAUGACACCUGAUAAGAAUUCACAUGCGCCUUCCUACCUCUGCAGUGAUUGGAAAUGGGUUCUGUUGACUUAAAAAAAAAAACAAGUAACUCUCUGUUACAGAUUGUGUUUUAUUUUUUAUUUUUGCUGUGUUUGUAAAGGUAAGAUAUUUAAGCACUUUUGAGCAUUUAUGUCAUAUUUCCUGCGUGUAAAGUGCAUGCAGAGCGCAUGUUCGGGGUCAGACUGAAACGAGGCGGCUUGUUGGGCCUCAGAGCGGCACGGAGCGACCUUCUGACUGACAUGUGCUUGAUUUUCUCUGUGUUGAAUGACUGUUUAGAUCGAAUAACAUUAAAAAUAUAUCAGGCAUUA